AUGACGGAAUUAAGUAUUAUCGAAAACUUCUCCGAGGACUUAAAUCAGCAGGAAUCGAACCAAUGUACUACAGGCAAGGCACCAGGAAUUUUAUCUCCUGGAAUUGGGGAGUAUUUAUGUACUCAUUAUUUACUUUUAUCGCACGCUGAAGCUGUGCAAAUUUACAGAGAUGACUUUCAAAAAAAACAAAAUGGUAUAAUAUCGAUCGUCAUGGAUAUUGCCUGGUCCGAACCUUUUGAUCCAAAUUCAGAUUCUGAUAAGGAUGCAGCUCAAAGGUUCAAAGAAUUUUAUUAUGGUUGGUACGCAAACCCGGUAGUUUAUGGUGAUUAUCCAAAAGUAAUGAAGGAUUACAUUGGCGAAAAAAGCAAAACACAAGGAUUUAAAAAAUCGCGGCUGCCUGAGUUCACACUCGCCGAAAAAAUAAAGCUGCGUGGCUCCUUCGACUUCUUGGGCGUCAAUCAUUACACAUGUGUUUUGGCUGAAAACGUAAAUCUCACAGAUGUGAGUUUAUAUGGUGACAUGAACGUCAAAAUAAGUUUUGAUCCCAAGUGGAAUAGGACAUUGAUGGCAGACUUUGUAAAUGAACCAUGGUCUCUAAAUAAAACUCUGGUUUGGAUUAUGAAGACUUACAAAAAUCCCGUUAUGUAUGUUACUGAAAAUGGUAUAGCAGAUGAUGGUAAAUUGGAUGAUGUUGAACGGGAGAAUUAUUUAAAGGGUUACAUACGUGCCACAAUGGACGCCAUAUCUCUUGGAGCUAAAGUGAAAGGUUACACAUAUUGGAGUCUUUUGGACAAUUGGGAAUGGCUCAAUGGAUACACAAUGCAUUUUGGGUUGGUACAAGUUGAUCGCAGCAAUUCAAAUUUGACCAGAACCAUUAAAAGAUCUGGAUAUUAUUAUAAAAAGAUUAUUAAUAAUAGGUCAUUAGAUUUCUAG